GAUAACAAAACAAAGGGGAAGAAUAGUUAAGGGUGAAGAUUAAAAUUGACAGAAUCGAACAUUAAAUCAUAUAGCUUCCGACCGAAAACGGAUAACCAUGAAGCGGACGGCCGUAAAUUUUGUUGGAUCGUUAUGGCUAAUUUUAUUAGCGUUCUUAGCCACUAAUGGCCAGGAAAUUUCGUCAUCGAACGGACUAGCAUUACCUGGUAUUCACGGACGUAUUAUAUCUGGUAAACAGGCGACAACUGGGCAGUUUCCGUGGCAGGUGAUUCUAAAAAGGGACGAAUGGGACGAUUUACUCUGCGGUGGAUCCAUUAUUUCGGACUCUUGGGUCCUGACCGCGGCUCAUUGCGGCUAUGGCUUCGAUUCGUUGUUCCUGAUCUUCGGCACUGUGGAGCUGAACAACGAGAAUGCUCUGAAUAUGACCUCUUCGAGCAUAUUCGUCCAUCCCAACUACAACGACAAAAUGAAUAACGAUGUGGCGCUUAUCCAGCUCCCCCAAGCUCUGACCUUUUCCAACACGAUCAGCCCUAUCAGUCUGGUAUCCACCUCCCAGGACUGGAACAACUUUGUGGGCAGUGUGGCCACCGUAGCCGGAUAUGGACUUAUGGACGACGAGUACCUGGAGUACUCCGAGACUCUGCAGUACGCCCAAGUCACGGUCAUCGGCAAUGAGAACUGUGCUCCCAUUUACGGCUCCUCUGUGGUGUUAGACUCCACUCUGUGCGCCCAGGGAGCCGAUGGCACCAAUAUGUCUAUCUGCAGUGGAGAUUCCGGUGGUCCCCUAAUCCUCUACAACUCGAGUUCCGGGCAGUGGCAGCAAAUUGGUAUCAACUCUUUCGUGGCCGAAGAUCAGUGCACUGCUGGGUAUCCUUCUGGCUAUGUUCGUCUCACCUCAUUCCUUCAAUACAUUGGAGAGACCACUGGGUUGGUAAUAAAUUAAUAAACAAUGUAUAUCCAUUUAUACAUAAAUAUGUACAGAAAAUACAAUAAAA